AUGGGAAUAAUUUCUAAUUGUCCAACUUCAGUGGAUAUCAUCGACCUCGGAACUUUUGAUGAUGAAGCUUGUUGUGACUGUGAUGAAACUUGUCAUGGGUUUGAUGAAACUUGUCAUGGGUUUGAUGAAACUUGUCAUGGGUUUGAUGAAUCUGGUAAUGAGUUUGAUGAAACUUUUAAUGGGUUUGACGAGUUUGAUGAAACUUGUAAUGAGUUUGAUGAAACUUGUAAUGAGUUUGAUGAAACUUGUAAUGAGUUUGAUGAAACUUGUAAUGAGUUUGAUGAAUCUUGUAAUGAGUUUGAUGAAACAUGCCAUGUGUUUGAUGAAACUUGUCAUGAGUUUAAUGAAAUUUAA